GUCCCACCCACCCCGUGGUUGCCUUGAGGCUGCUGGACUACAACUCCCAUCAACCUCGACUGCUGUACACGCUAGCAGGGGGCUGAUAAAGAGUUGGUUUUCAGCGCCAUACGGAGGGCAACAGGUAAGCCCACCCAUCUCUGGAAAAAGAAACAAAAAUCCUCCGUCGAAGCUUCGAACGAAUAGAAGCGCAACGGUAGACAGGAAACCCGUACAAAGACCGCGAGGCAGCUUUUACUCGAUGAGCAUUUAAAAUUUCCGGCAAGUAACAGGAUGUGACGUAUUUUCCAACCGGGCGCCUCUCCGUGAACCGCGAAGGGGGCCGAGCUUCCACUUCCGGGUGAGAGGUGGUCGCCAUGGCGGUGUUGGCUUCCAAUCCUAACAACCCUGUGGUGUUCUUUGAUGUCACGAUAGGCGGCCAGGUAAGGCUCGCUCGGGGGAGGCUGAAGGGGGGGGGAAGGGUCUGGGCGUGGGGGGGGAGGGAGGGGCGCGCGAGGAGGAGGAAGAGGAGGCUCUGACGGUUCUGCCCAUGCCCAGGAGGUCGGCCGCAUGAAAGUGGAGCUCUUCGCCGACGUGGUACCCAAGACGGCGGAGAACUUCAGGUAAGCCUGAGGAGAAAACUCGGCGGAGGAUUGGUCGUGUGUUUGUGUGUGACAGACAAUGCGGCAUGCCAUAAAGAUGCGCGGCGAGAGCGACACCUCUGGGCCCCAGGCCGCAUAGUCUCCCGGCCUCCUUUUCUUCCGGCAGCCAAUGAUGGUAGCGGCGGGUAACGAGUGAGUUGCAGGCCUAGAGCGACACGUCUCGGCCCAUAUGCGCGCGGGAAGCUGCGCUGGUCCCACGUGGCUGAUUUCCUUUCCUUUUUAAAUAAAUAAAUCCCCUUUUCUGUCGAAAUCGGCACGGGCAACCCUAGAUGUCUGACGCAGAAAUGGGGUUAGCGAAGUGGGGUUGCUUAGAAAAUCUGAUCUUGUUUUGUGUGGGAACUUAAAAAAAGAAGAAAUGCUGAGUUAGAAAAAGCAGAAGCUCCUCACUGGGUCGGCUGGUGACCAGUCACAACUCUGGGUUGCUCCUAGGACUGGUGCUACGGAUUGGCCUUGCCCUGCACCUGCAGGGACCCCACUGCCAACCCUAAAGCCUCCUGGGCCUGCCCUUCCUGUGGCCCCGCCAUACUGUGACUGCUGUCUCCAGUUCGCAGGGGAGUGGUGAGGAGACAGGAGACCAACCUUCAGAUGUUUUCCCUUCCUAGGCAGUUGCACAGUCUUGGUUUUAGGGGAGACAUCAGAUGAAGGGGCAACUGCAUGAAUUAACAAAGGUGAGGAGGCAGCAGAUGGGCCCACUCAGGAAGUCCACUGAAGGCAUCUUUCUCUAAAGACUUGGAAACCAGGAGACUUGUGUGGAUUAUGUGGCACUCUAAAUGUCACUUGACUACAACUCACAUCAUCCGUGGCUAUUGGCCAUACUGGUUGCGGGCUGGUGGUACUUGUAAUCCAGUAACAUUAAGAGUGCCACAGGUUCCCUAUAGCAAAGCUUCCUUAUUUUAUGCUUUUGUCAACUCUUAGAUUCAUGAAAUGGGAAGCCCCUCAAAGUCUUACUCAUUGUGAUCCAGUGACUAAUAAUUUGCUCAAGUAGUCACUAGUUAUCAUAGUGACUUGGCACUUUGGAUUUCCCCAGCCUUUUCAUGUUGACUAGAAUUUAAAUAGAGUCUAGUAAACAAUGCAACCACUGGUUUUACUGGCUUGCUCUCCAUCCUGGCAGAAAACCUCUCAUGGCAAAAUGUGCCCUUAGGCAGAUCUGUAUUAAGACAGCAGUAAACCUUGUCUUGGGGACUGUCUUCUCUCACCACACAGCUAGUUCUUGCCUGUAGGUUUGGAUUUGAUCAGAGGUCAGCAACUGGCAGCUCCCUGGCUGAAUCUGGUCUUCACCAUCUCCAGAUAAAUACCCUCCCCUCCCUUCCUCAGAUUGGUUCAGCCAGUGCACGUGAAAAUAUAUUAUUCCUUAUGCCAUUCUUCUGGCACAGUCUUUCCCAUCUGGUGCCCUCCAGGUAUUUUGGACUGCACCUUCCAUUAUUGCCAGCCUUUAGACAUGCUGACUGGGGCUGAUGAUGAUGAUUAUUUAUUGAAUUUAUAUACCACCCUAUACGAGGAGGUCUAAUGGGACUUGUAGUUCGAAACUACAAAGGUAGUAGAUUGGGAAGGCUUCUGGGUUUUCUUCAUCUCUUUCCCAGGCAAUCCCUCACAUGGUGCAAGAAAGCAAUGGGUGGAAAGAGAAAAACAGACUUACACAUAAUCUGUUCUUCGUAUACAAGGGUACCUUGGUUCUCAAACCUAAUGCAUUCCAGAAGUCCAUUCCAAAACCAAGGCAUGCUUUCCCAUAGAAAGUAAUGCAAAAUGGAUUAAUCCGUUUCAGACUUUUAAAAGCAACCCCUAAAACAGCAAUUUAACAUGAAUUUUACUAUCUAACGAGACCAUUGGUCCAUAAAAUGAAAGCAAUAAUCAAUGUACUAUACUAUAAAAUAAAUGAGAUAGUAUUGUAGAUAAUAAAAAUAAAAAUUAACUUUUUUUCUUACCUGGACUAAUGAUAGUCAUUGUUUGGAAUGGGGGGCUUUUAUCCAUUUCUGCAAUCACACAGUCAGUCAAUCAAUCAGUAGCUGAACUGGGUCCCACACAAAAACUGAAAAAACCUCAAAAACACAAAAUAAAUAGCAAAAACAAAAGUGCCAAACUUAAUCCGUUCUGGACUUCUGAAAUGUUCAAAAACCAAGACACAGCUUCUGAUUGGUGCAGGCGCCCUGGAAACAAUAGCUGACAGCCACAUCGGACGUUCAGCUUCCGAAAAUGUUAGAAAACCAGAACACUUACCGUAUUUUUCGCCCUAUAGGACGCACUUUUCCCCCUCCAAAAAUGAAGGGGAACUGUGUGUGCGUCCUAUGGGGCGAAUGCAGGCUUUCGCUGAAGCCUGGAGAGCGAGGGGGGUCGGUGUGCACCGACCCCUCUAGCUCUCCAGGCUUCAGGAAGCUAUCCGCUAGCCGUGGGAGACGCAGCUCUCCCACGGCUAGCGGAGAGCUUGCCGGUACCCAGAAGCUUGGGGCGCGCUGAGCUCAGCACGCCCCAACCUUUAGGCUUCGCGCAGUGCUCUGCUAGCCGUGGGGCGCUUCCCCCGCCCCAGCCCUGCACCUGGGGGGGGAAAUAAAUUUUUUUUCUUUAUUUCCCCCCCAAAAAACUAGGUGCGUCUUAUGGGCCUGUGCGUCCUAUGGGGCGAAAAAUACGGUACUUCUGGGUUUUCAGCAUUUGAGAACCAAGGCGUUUGAGAAACAAGAUAUCACUGUAUUGGACUAAACGUCUUUCUCUAAAUGCAGAGCAAACCUCCAUCCUUUUUGAAAGAAUAUGGCAUACCAUGGAGGGAGAACAUAAUGGUUUUUCUCUGUCUUUUUCAUAGUAGCCCACUAGCCAAAAAAUAUUUGCUCAGUACUGAACUUAGAUUAUUAUUGGUCCCUUCCUACUUGGUAUAUACUAUUUUGUAACAGAAAUAAUUUAAAAGUUUUAAGUUGCUUUUCUAGAAAUUGCUGUGAAUUCUAGAAUUCCAACUUAACACUGAAUUCAAAUCUUAACAGUUAUUCCAGUAUUCAGGAAUACUUAAAUUUGUGGACUUAAAAAAGAACAUCCCUGUAAGUAGAACUAACUUGAAGAUUUCUUCUUCUUUUCAGGCAGUUUUGCACAGGUGAAUUCAGGUAUGUUGUCUCGGUGUAAAAAAAUAAGCAUUUGAGCAAACAGGAAAACCUUCAUCCCUGGCUGGGUUCUAAAGCUGUGAUACAUAUGCUUAGGAGAACCAGAGGUGGCUGCACUUUUCACUGCAGCAGUGCACAACAUCAAGGAGACAAACCAUUUUAAAGAUCAAAUGGUGGCUUGUCUCCUUGGAAGAAGAAUCAAAAACCCCCAAAGAAUAACCUACCUGGCUUUGCAAAUGCCUCAUCUCUGCUUGUGUACAACACUUCUUUGGUUCCGGAGAUGUACUUGGUUGUUGUUUGGAGUUUUUGUUCCUUAUCACCUGGGGUGCAAAAGGAAAGGCUCAGAGAGUGACAUGGGAGUUUAUUUUACAGUGGUCAUAAGUCAGCAAUUUCUUUGGUGUAUACAUUCCUUGAGAACUGGGAAUUUGUAAGUUUGAAAACUGGGAUUUUGAUGAGUUCCUAGAUUGCAGAAAUACUGUGCCUUGAUUUCUACCUCACACUUUCCCCAUUCAAUUUAAGCCACAAGUACUUAUUUCUGCAGUCUGAGUUCCUUGUGUGUUGAUGAGUGUUUGUCUAAUAAGUCCUAAAUAUAAUCAGAAGGCUGAUGCCUCUCUGGGUGGUAUUUUCUCUUGCCCUUCACCUGGGGUGUGCAGGCAGGUGUAAAAAGAGCACUAGGCUGAAGGGGGAGGAGGACACUUUCUGUCCAUCUUACAGAAAGCCAGCCUCUCACUUUGUCCAAGCUGGCUUCUAUGACUGCUUUCCAUAUGUAGCCAGAUGACCCAGACACAUCUGCUGAGGGUCAGAAAGUAGCACAUGACUUGCCUUGACCUUUUGGGGCUGGGCGGCCUUUGGCAAUCCACUUCUUUGGCCAAAGCUUAUUGGUGGUACACAAAUGAAACCACAUCUGAGAUCUUUCAGGUCACCAAUUCAAAGCCCACUGCAGAUGUGAAUGCAUUGAGGACUGGGAUGGGGUAGUCCCUGUGGUCCGAAGCUGCACAACUUCACCAUGUCUGUACCUUUGUAUUCUAGGAAAGAUGGAGUUCCUAUCGGCUACAAAGGCAGCACUUUUCACAGGUACAUUAAUUGUCUGACUCUUAAAGUGAAGCUUUCAAUGCAUGGCAACAACCCAAUGUUUGGGAAGUGUUGCUCAAGGGGCAAGCCUUGAAGGGUUUCUCAAGAGCUUGUCUUGGAUCAUCCACUGUUGAUAUAGCAGGAUUUGGGAACAGCCGCACAAAUAGCUUCUUCCCAUUCCUUCAUUAAAAACAGUGUCUGUUGUAGCCAACAUCAGUCCUACUCCAGAGUAAACACACUGAAAUUAAUAGAAAUGGCUAUGACCAUGGAUUUCAGUGGAUCUGCUCUGAGUAGGAUUAACAACUACUCCAGUGCCGGCAAUGAUCAGCAGGUGGCCCUGUGGGUGCAGUUUUGCUUUUGGGCUGGUUGCAAGGCGACUGAAGAACACACAGCCAACUGGCAGUCUUCCCAGCUGUGUGCUGAAGAGUAACUGUUUUGUCUGUCUAGCCUACAAUUUAUUUAUUUCCCCCACUUUUUCAGGGUCAUUAAGGACUUCAUGAUCCAAGGAGGCGAUUUUGUAAAUGUAAGUGCUCCAUUUUUUUUCAUUCUGCUUUGUUGUCAUCAAGGGGAGGGACAUUGCAGUGUUUCCUCUUGGAAUCUUACCUUUGGUUACAACCUGUUGCUUGUUGGGAGUGAGGUAGUAGUAGUAGUAGUAAUAAUAAUAAUAAUAAAUUUAUACCCCGCCCAUCUGGCUGAGUUGAACCCAAGUUCAGGCAACAUGCUGAGCCAAACCAUGGCUUAAUCCACAGAAGGGGGGCCAGAGGAGGAGCAAAGCAACUGUGAGCUCCUCUCUGGGAGUCUGCAUGUUCACCCUAAGCCAUGUUUUGCCCAACCAAAUAUAAUUCUGUGGUGGGUGCUCAAGAAAAGCUAACUGAGGCCGCAGAAAGUUUUGUGUAACUGCCCUUAAGCUUCACAAAAAAGGUAGUCUGAUAUGUUCUGGCUGACUUACCUGAAUUGGUGCCUGAAUAGACAAGCCUUGAUGUUGCACAGGAUACUUCAGUUGUAAAAUAAGAGGGAAGAGGAAGUCAAGGGAGGCAGGUACAGACAACAUUCAAUUGCCCCACAGCCAACUUUAGAUGUUAUAUAAUUUGCUUUAGUACCUUAAAAUUGUAAACUUAGGUGUCUUGACAGAAAAAUAGUAUAUAAAUGCAAUAAAUAAUCAACCCACAGCACUUUAAUUUAGACCAUAUACAAAACUCCUCAAUUAGCUAUUUAUUAUUACUGUUACAUGCAAUCUAUGUAAAUCAGGGCAGGCUAACCUUUUUCAGACUGAGGGCCACAUUGAGCAGUGGCCAACUGCCCUAGGGCCACAAGUAAAUGUGGACAUAGUCAAAGUAUAAAAAUGAGUGUGGCCAAAGUGUCAGGAGACAGACCUGGGCAGCCCAAGAAUGUGCCUUUACACUUGUAUUGCAAAACUAUGUUGCUGCUGGAAACACAUUUAAGAGGAUGAGCCAAAGGCCACUUGGAGAAAGUCUGUUUUUUAAGGGCGGAUUUGAAGGAAAGAAGAUCGGAGGACCAUGUAGCUGUUCAGGGAAAGAGGUUCCCAAAACACAUUUCUGCAAGUGUUCUAAUUAUGUGGCUGGUUUUAUCAAGAGACACUUGUCAGCAUCCAAAAUAAACAAUAAAUGAGAACAUUACUCACUCCCAAUAAAACUUCAGCUGUGGAAUUGAGUGCAUGACCACUUUCUAAAACAGGGAGAUGGCACCGGAGUGGCAAGCAUCUACCGGGGUCCCUUUGCAGAUGAAAACUUCAAGCUGAAACACUCUGCUCCUGGUCUGCUAUCCAUGGUAAGUAGCCUGGAGAAAAUGAUUGUGGUCCAGCAAUUUAAUUCGACUUCAGGCUCCCUUUUCUGACCCCUAUAAAGGGAUGGGGUUGGCCUGCCAUUUGGUGUGCCUUUUAAAAGCAGUGGGACGUCAAGUGUCUUUGGCAUGGAGUACCCUAUUUGGGCAUGAUGCUCUGCUGAAUUACCUUGAGCCACUCACACAUCCUACCUUGCAGGGUGACUGUAAUAAUAGAAUGGGAUACACCCUACAUCCACCAUCUCACGUUUCAGUUAGAUUUGGAAGCAACUUGGCUACAUUUGGAACUAGGGUGCAGCUGGGGUUGCUCUUGCCCAUGUGCAAAGGUAGCAGUCUCUCCUGGACCUUAAGAGCCAUCAGUUUGCGGCAUGUGAGAGUUGUACAUGCAUUGAAGCCCAUGGUGAUAAUUUUCUUAAUAACAAGAAAACCCAGCUCCCACUGUAAUGAUUUUCAUAAACCUAUUCUGCUAACACCAUUUAGUAUAACUUACACCCUUUACCAACUAAUAACCCUGUGAGAUGUAAGUGUGGGGCAAAGCCAAUCAUGUCAUUAAUAUAUUUGUCAAAUGCACUCAUGCCUUGGGAGUCGAAUGUUUUGGCUCCCGAAUGCUGCAAACCCAGAAGUGAGUGUUCCGGUUUGCGGACGUUCUUUGGAACCCAAACAUCUGGCACAGCUUCCACUGCUUCCAAUUGACUGCAGGAACUUCCUGCAGCCAACUGGAAACCACGCCUUGGUUUCCAAACAUUUUGGAAGUCAAACGGACUUCUGGAACGGAUUCCAUUUGACUUCUGAGGUACGACUGUAUUUGACAAGGUACUAACAUUUAUGAUGCAAUGCACAAGCUUAUGUAAGUUACUGUGUCUUCAAAUGUGUAUAUACUUAAUAACAGCAGCUUUUUUUACAGUACUAUGACUAAACCAAGGCAGCUUUGAGGAAUCCUGAUAAAACUUCUGACAGACUGAUCUUAUAUUAUACUCCACCUCAGUCAAACUUCACCAACACUUUAACUGAGCUUUCAUUGAAGCUUCUGUUUCCAGCCAUGCUGAAUCCCAGAUCUGUUUAUGUUCCCGUCUUGGCUAGUCAAGUCGCUUGGCUACCCCAGUUACUCUUUGACUGCCAAGCCUUUCAGGUCUUCUCCACUCUUCCUCAGUUCUCAGCCUCUGCUAUCUUCUUCCUCUGGAUGUCUAGCACAGACUGACUCCGGCUAUCUAGCACCCAGCCUUAUAUUCACUUCUUCUGGCCCCUCCCAGUCUAUCCUCAUCCAAUCACAUUGUCAGUCUGAGAAUUCUAAACCAGCAACCACCAAUCAGAGUAUACAUCUCUUCUAUCCUUCAGUUGCAUACUGAGAGUUCUAUCUCCAGCCCCUCCCCAACUGUCAGUUAAGACCCCCCAGUGACAGUUUAACUUUCAGUUGACCAGAGAAAAGAUUUCCUCUGCCAAACACAUCACAAUGUACAUUAUAAUACAGAUAACCAAAUACAUUGCACAAUACUCAUUAAACAGUUUUUAAGAAACAGAAUUUUUUCAUAAUCUGUCUGAAACUGCAGUCGUUCAGCAGGGGCUCAGAGUACUUUUGACCUUUCCUGCCAUCAUAAAGGCCUGGUGUAGCACCUGCUAAAAGCAUUAUGGUUUAGUCAGGCAUGUCCAGGUAUAUGUUUUAAUCUGUUUUUAGCUUAUUCACCCUGAAAAGAAGUGAUUUUCAUUUCUCUGCCCAGAUCAGAGCUUCUGUGCUAGUCCACAUAUAGUAGGGUGGUCUUAGGACUACCUUUUAUUUAUUUGUUCCUUUGGGAUCCUGUGCACCAGACCAGCUGUGGCAGAGCGAGGCUGAGUGUGGGCGUUUGCUUUCCAUGAUUUAUGUGGAUUUCCCCCCCGCUAGGCAAAUAGUGGCCCCAGCACCAAUGGCUGCCAGUUCUUCAUCACCUGCUCCAAGUGUGACUGGCUGGAUGGGAAGCAUGUAGUCUUUGGUGAGUAGUCAGGACAAGUCCUACCUUCACGCAGAGCAUAACUAAACUUUGGAACUCUCUCUCCGAGGAGGCAGUGAUGGCUUUAAACAGGAAUUGACAAAUUCAUGGAGGAGAGAGGGUUAUAGAUGGCUGUGGUCUGACCCAGGAGUCAGAGACUGUAAUGCUUCUGAAUACCAGUUCCUGCAAGCCACAGGAAAGGGGAGUGCUCUUGUGCUUAAGUCCUGCUUGCAGCGUUCCCAGAAGAGGCAUCUGGUUGGCCACUCUGAGAACAGGAUGCUGGACUGGAUGGGCCAUGGGCUCUUCUUAUGCUCUUAGCUCCAAUCUGGGCAAGGACCAAGAUCAGAAAAGCUCCUUUAGGUGUGUCCAUGGCCUUGGGAGGGCCUGUGGGAAUUCACUUAGUUCCCUCCCCAAAAAAACAACCCAAACCCAUCACCCAUCCCCGUAUUGCAAUCUGCUUUUGAAUGAUUCCCUUUUUCUCUAUUUAUUUAGGCAACUUAUUUAGCCCGUAACACAUAGCUUCUAAGCAGCAUACAAUAAAGUUACAAAGGAAAUGAAGUAGAUAGAAUCAGUAAUAAAAACAGGAGUGUUCACUUAUAUGCUGGCUGAAAUAGAAAGGUCUUUAUUGGUCAUCAGAAGUUUAACAGGAAGAGGGUCUCAGUCAGGAGUUCCACAGACUCAAUCAAACGCACAGAUCCUAGUAGAUAUGAGUCGUGUGUCUGAGCCAUGGGGAACCCCUAGAAGAGCUCUCCAUGGUCAAGCAAGGCCACAUCUGUACACAGUCCUCUCUUGCAUUGUUUGACCUUAAUUUUGCUGAUGUUGAGUUGGAAAUACUUGAAAAAUUAAAAUCAUCCUUUUUUUAAAACCCGGCAGGUAAAAUAGUUGACGGGCUGCUUGUCAUGAGAAAAAUUGAAGUAAGUAUUUUAGCCAGAGAAGUAACUAUUGUGCUAAUUUGCGGGUUUGGUGCACAAGUCGGCAGUCAGAUUACCAUGCAGAAUUGGGCAGUUCAGGAAUCUAAGUUAAGAUUCUAGUCCUUAUUGUGGCAGAAUGUAAAGCACAUGAAGAUGUUGACCACCCUGGGCUUGAGUGAUCAGGCUUGACUUCUGCUGCCUUUCUGACCAUUCUGAUCCGUUAACUGUAAAUGGGGAUGUUGCUUUACAUCAUUCAAAGUGGCAGGCAGCUCUUCAGCUCAAAACUGAGAAUGAUCUCCGUCAGUUUGUGAGACACAACUUUGUGGGUUGCAGGUUUGCCAGUAGAAAAAUAAGGUCCUGAGGACACCAACCAAUCAUAGAUGAGAAAAAUUAUCUUGAAAAUGGCUUGCUAAGGGGUGGGGAAAGUAUAUAAUGGCUCUUCCCAGCAGGGGCUGAGGGUCUCCUCAUAAUGCUGCCUUUUGCUCCCUCCUCAGAACGUGCCCACCGGUCCAAAUAACAAGCCCAAACUGCCAGUGGUGAUUGCCCAAUGUGGUGAGAUGUAGGGGGAAACGAUUCUCAAGGUAGGUACCCAUCUCCAUAGCUGUGAUAGCCACAACCUGGCCCAAUGAAGCUGGGGAGGGUGGAUAAGCUAUAUUGCAUAUCUAUCUCUAGCUUGAGUAAAAAAUAAAGAUUUUUAGGAAGCUGAAUUCUUUCCUUUUAUGGAAGACAGCAUAUGCCAAGGUUUGUAUACAGCCAAGUCAGACUCAAAGUAGACCACAUCAAAUUGUCAAACUUAAUAAUGCCUAUCAAUUUCAGUGGGUAUACUUCUGAAUCUGACUUCAGUUGAAUGAAACCGUAGUGUAUGCUGUGCUCCAUAAAAGUGCAGAAUUCAGCUUUGUAACAAUCUUAACAUUCAUUCAAACUAGAGACAGGUAUGUAAUUAUCAGGUAACAUUUUGAAGGUGAAUGUUUUGCUCAUCUGGUUUUGAAAUCCUGUUUCGGCCUGGUGGAGUCUCCAACUCAGACCAGUUGCUGAAUAAAGGUUUACAGUGGUCAAGAGUGGAGGCUACACUCUCCUUGAGAGCCCUUAAGUUCCCGCAACACAUUGCUAAAUAAAUUAUAUUAAGUACAAUAAAUGCAGAAAAUAUUAAUCAAAAGGAAAUCAGGUUUGUCUGCUGACGACACUCAUAUACUGCAUCGUGUGAGCUGCCUUGGCACAAAAUCCAUCCUCUUUAAGACCCUUCUUAGGCUUUGGCAAUCACCAGUCCCUACAACAGGUGUGACCACAUCCAGAAAUGGCAUAAAGUCCCACGUAGGGUUGGACAAGGGAGAAUGUGGCCCUCCAGCUGGAGAAAGAGUUUACCCAUCCUGUGGGCUCCCCAGCUGCAUAGUUGAGUGGAUCACUAGUAUCUCUGGGUGCUGCAACCCCACACGGACCUCUAGUGGCAUUGCCAAGAUCCAUUCACAAAGCAUCUUAUUUGGGCUGAAAUGUUCUGUUUCUGGUACACUGUGUUAGAGCUGUGAUGAUGACUGACUCUUUGCCUCUUCCUGAUUCCAGGUUAGUCUCUUUCCAUCUUGGAUCACCAUCACCUCCUGGUUGUUCCAUGUUUUUCCUGUGGUGCCUCAUCUACCACACAUUCCAAACUAAUUUUCUCCCCCCAUUGUAAAUAAAGAAAUUUGGUUAAGUGUCUGUUGUUCCAUUGGAAUG